CGGGAUCAGGUGACGCGAAGGCGGAAGCAGAGAGGCGGCGGCGGCGGCGACGGCGGCAGCGGCGGGUGGGCCUAACGGGGGCUGCCUCGGCGUCCCCGGUGGUCCGUGAGCCAUGGAGAAGGCCGGGGGGCGCGGCGGCGGCCCGCGAGGGCCCGUGCUGCACAUCGUGGUGGUGGGCUUCCACCACAAGAAGGGCUGCCAGGUUGAAUUCUCGUAUCCUCCCCUGAUUGCAGGAGAAGGACAUGACAGCAACACUUUACCUGAAGAGUGGAAGUAUUUACCUUUCCUUGCCUUGCCAGAUGGAGCCCACAACUAUCAGGAAGAUACCGUGUUUUUCCACCUGCCUCCCCGAAAUGGAAAUGGAAUGACGGUUUAUGGUGUCUCUUGUUACAGACAGAUUGAAGCCAAGGCACUCAAAGUAAGGCAAGCGGAUGUAACCAGAGAAACUGUCCAGAAAAGUGUGUGUGUUCUAAGCCAGCUGCCUCUCUAUGGUUUACUCCAAGCUAAGCUUCAGCUCAUUACCCACGCCUAUUUUGAAGAGAAGGACUUUUCCCAAAUUUCCAUCCUGAAGGAACUCUAUGAGCAUAUGAAUAGUUCCUUGGGAGGAGCUUCCAUAGAAGGGUCCCAGGUAUACCUUGGUCUUUCUCCACGAGAUCUGGUCCUUCAGUUUCGUCACAAGGUCUUAAUCCUAUUUAAGCUGAUUCUUCUGGAGAAAAAGGUUCUGUUUUAUAUUUCUCCAGUGAAUAGAUUGGUAGGUGCACUAAUGACUGUAUUAUCCCUUUUUCCAGGUAUGAUUGAACAUGGCCUCCGGGACUGCUCCCAGUACAGGCCCCGAAAGAGCCAUUCUGAGGAUGCUGGACUCCACCAAGCUACCCCUCCUGCAGAUGACUUUGUUUCUAGGUCUUUGUCUGACAUUUCAAGUACAAAUUCAGGAAAUGACAAGAAAAAAGUGUCUGGAAACCAUGGAGGGGAUGCCUCCAAAGCAGAUGGGAUCAUCUCCCAAACAGAAAAGGAUGUCAGCAAUCAUCAAGCAUCCAAUGGCCCUGACCAAUCUUUGACUCUUUCUGCCCAUGUGACCCCUGAGACAUCAGAAAAUGAAUGGGAGACCCUGGACUCUGGGGUCUUAGAAGGUACUAGCUUGAAAGAAAUGGAGCAGGUGGAGGCUAAACAGAUAAACUUCCUUCCAAGUGACCAUGUGCCCUCAGAAAGCCCCCCAAUUACCGUGCAACCUCAAGCUAACCUGGGCCAGGUGGUGUUUGUGCCAGGCCUCAUCUCUGGUUUGGAAGAGGACCAAUAUGGCAUGCCAUUAGCCAUCUUCACCAAGGGCUAUCUCUGUCUGCCAUACAUGGCGUUGCAGCAACAUCACCUUCUCUCUGACGUCACCGUCCGAGGAUUUGUUGCGGGGGCGACCAAUGUUCUUUUUCGGCAGCAGAAACACCUCAGUGAUGCCGUUGUAGAAGUAGAAGAAGCAGCCGUUCACAUCCAUGACCCAGAGCUGAGGAAGAUUCUGAGCCCAACCACGGCCGACCUGAGGUUUGCUGACCAUUUGGUGAAGCAUGUGACUGAGAACAGGGACGACGUGUUCCUGGACGGGACGGGUUGGGAGGGAGGCGACGAGUGGAUCCGGGCACAGUUUGCGGUCUACGUCCAUGCCCUACUUGCAGCCUCACUGCAGUUAGAUAAUGAAAAGAUGCUCUCAGACUAUGGGACAACCUUUGUGGCAGCUUGGAAGAAUACACACAAUUACAGGGUCUGGAACAGCAACCGACAUCCGGCUCUGGCAGAAAUAAACCCAAACCAUCCCUUUCAGGGCCAGUAUUCGGUGUCGGACGUGAAGUUGAGAUUCUCACACUCUGUCCAGAACAGCGAACGAGGCAAAAAGAUUGGGAACGCCAUGGUCACGACGAGUCGGAACGUCGUCCAGACCGGAAAAGCUGUUGGCCAGUCUGUUGGUGGAGCAUUAUCCAGUGCAAGGACGGCCAUGUCCUUGUGGCUUUCCACCUUGACCCAGUCAGCCACCCCAGGGCUCCCAGAUCCACCAGAUGAGAAACACUGAGAGUGGUGGCCAGAGCCUGCUGGGAGACCGAAUCUGUCUGCAAUCUUCAGGUCACUAGAUCUGUACACGGGGGACCAGUGCUGGACUGUGGACCGGCCCAUGUAGUCGCCAGUUAUUCUCUGUGUAUUUUGAAUACACAUGUUAUGUUGCCCAAUUGGAGUGUCUAGGGAAUGGCCAGUAUGCGGUGGCUAUCCAGAACGUUUAUGCACACUGACUCCUUUUAUUUCAAUCUGAGCCUUUCUAGGAAAUGGACCAACUGAUGGUUUGGAUUUCCUGAUUUUGUACAUUUAUUUGUCUACAGAAGUUGCUUAUGUAAAUUCUAGUUAUUUUUUCCUUUCGGAUAGCCAAAUGCCUAUUAUAAUUUGUCCAUUAAAAAUAAUAAUAUAUAUAUUGAUUCCUCUCAAAUUGGGCCCAUAAUUGUUACCUGGCCCUUGACUUUAUAAGUUUUGAGCCCUUUGCUGGUGGACUUUGUUUUUCUAUUUUAUUCUAUUCUAAAUUAAUUUAAGCAGAAAUAAGCAAGGAAGAGAUUCAUCCUUACAGGAGAAGUAUAAAUUCGGUCUUUUACCCCCACCAUGUCCUUUCCUUCUCCCAAUGUCAUCACACUCAGAGGUGAUGGUGGGGAAAGGUGAGGCUUUUGAAGUUGACCGUGUAAUCUCCGAUCACGGGUGCCCACCCCUGCCUGCCCUCCAGCCCCCUUGCCUUUUCCUAGUUCAAUCUCAGAAGGUAAGAGAAGGCAAGGCUACCGUUGACGGUUGGAACCGGGCCCAGGCUAUUGGAAACUGGCGCUUGCCCCAGGCGAUGUUUUUCAAGCUUUCUGCUAUUGGUGUCGUCCUGACCCUGGUCAUGUUAGAAUCGUUUAGAUACACUGACGCGUGGCUGAACUCCAUGCCUUCUGCUUUCUCCCUUCCUCCCCAACUGAAAGUCAUCUUCCUCAAUGUGUGUUUAGAAGAGCAAAGACUGUGUAAACUAGGAAUAGCCUGUCAGGGCAAAUUUGAAUAAUGUUGAUGUUAAAGGGGCAACGAGGGAGCUGGGGGAACCCCUCUGGCCUCAUGUCAGGUUUGUGCAGAGGCCUGUGCAGUACUCUGCUUGCCCCUAACGGCUUCCCAUCAUCUCGUCCUCUCUGACUGGCCCAAGGGCUCUGGGAGAAGUGUUCUCGGGGACCAGUUUGAGUUUCCACCCCUUCUGUAUGUGUACAAAUGUGUAGUCCUAACCCAGCAUGUGGCAUGAGAUCCUGGGAGGAGCUCUUUCCUAGCCCUCCAUCUAAAAAGGCCAUUGGACUUCUCCAUUUCUCAGCAUCAAAUGCGUUUAUGAAGUACUGGCCUGGACCCUUGUCAUCCUCUCCAAACACUCCAUCGGGACCAGGGGCAUUCUUCCUGCCACUCGCCUACUUGACUACAGGAACCGACUCCAGGGCUGUGGAUGCUGAUUGAUGAAGGGAAUGGUGGCAUCCCAGCCCCCCUCUAGGAUUAGUGCCACGGUGUCUGCUUCCACUCCUCUGACCUGGUAGGGAGCAGCCACUUGGCCACCCAUGUUCCUUGCGAAAGCUUUCUUCCCCCAAAAGAUUGUGUGAAGGGAAAGCUGUUCCCCCAAGAAGCUACAAAGUCAGUUCAGCACCGAGACUCCUCUAGUGUUUGCUCGGGAAACACGGGCCUUCCUGGCCCCUGCCCCAAGCUGGCAGUUUCAGAAGCGAUCCUUAAGAUACCGCACACUCGCCCUGGGCCAGAGCUCGAGGAAGGGUCAGGGAGCUGCGGCGCUUCUGCCCAAAGAACUGCCACGAGGUGGAAGAAGUCACCGGCCUCCUGACCACACGGGCGUGAGAAGCCCAUUCUGCAGAGGAGCUAGGCUAGAAGGAGCCCAACUUGCGUGGACGACUCCUCUCUCUCUGCAGUGGGCAUGUGCACUUCAGAUGCCCUUUCCAUUAGUAUUUAGUGCAGAAAACUUCAACUCUUGGAAGAAAAGACCAUCAGUUAAUGGCCUGAACAUGAUCCCAUGAACAGAGAAGGACGGGUGAAUGGAGACCCUGCCUUUGCUCUCCUACAGCGCGUGUCCUCAUCAGCUUCCUAGGCACCUCAGGAAGGAAGGGAGAACAGCUCAAGACUAGUUCCCAGCAAAGAUCCUUUCUGUGGCCAUUUCAUCCUUAGCCAAGAAAUGCAUUUUUCCUGUGGAUCUUUGGUGGUCUAGCAGGAAACCAGUGGCAGAGGAUCCAGAUUCUGGCCUGGGGACCGGUUCUGGAAGUGUGCGCCUGGCACGGCACUCUCCCACAUCCGCCCAUACCCUCUGGCCAUCUUCUUGUCAAGUUGGGAGGUUUAAGGCAUGUGCAGAAGACCUGGCCAGAAGUACACCCAGAUUGUGGACUGGGAGCCUCCCGUCCAGCCACUGGGCUUGGCCACACACCCCUUCUCCAUCUGCAAGCUGUCCCGAUACGAGAUGCGGGCGCAGGACCUGGAGGAAACAUUGGUUUUCAAUCCACGCGGGCCCCUUCGUAGUGACUCUGUCGACUGGCAUGUGUUGGCAGAGACCAAGUGAGUGCCACACCAGAAAGACUCCUCCUCAGCUGCGUGUUCUGCCCCUUCCCCCAUCCAACCGGUGACUUGUCAGCGCCUCAGACUCCUGUUGCUUUAGGAAACCACUUCUUUAAAGCGGCACCCACACAGAGUGGGGUACUUUGAGGGGAAAUUGAGCCCCAGGAUCCCAUGUUUUCGCAAGGAAAUCGGGGUCCCCACUAUUCGGAGGGUGUUUUUCUGGUGGUGGCUUCAAAGGGGAUAGGAAAGGGAGACUCCUGGGGUCAGCCAGGAGCCAAAGAAAAGGCUUUUGGAUUCCUGGUCUAAGGAGUAUUGAGUCCUCGAACAGGACUGUGGGAGAGGAGCGAGUGUUGCCGAUCAAGGACCCGAGUUUAUGGUUCUGCUCGAGGAGCCGGCUUUGGGGGGUGGCUUGUAGUAAACGGGACGAGCGACGGCAAGGCUGAACCUGGCCCCGUCCCUUUGGGGACCCAGAGGCUGCAGGAGGCGGGGACAGCGGUCUAGGCUCCCUAGAGUGGGGCCAGAGGGCAGGCCUGCCUUUCUUUGCUCUUCUAACCCUUUGAUCCGCCGAUGGGGCCCCUGAAGCUCAGCUUCCCCCUGCGGCAAGGCGGGCGCCUGCAACGGUUCUUCUCCCAAGCGCCGACCCGUCAGUCCUCCAGGACGGGGCACGCCAGCAGCUGUGUUUGACAAGGGGCGCGCUGAGGCCUCGUAUGCCGGUUCCCGUCUGAUCAGUCCAGGUCGGGCGCCCGUCUUCUCGCGGGUGCCUUCUUCCUGGCUGCCCACCGACCUCCCGGGGGUCCCGCGAGCUUUGCGGAGCAUUUUCUUUUGCUGUAGGAUCCCACAGGCUGCCGCGGGGGUGGCAGAGCGUGGUGGAAAGUCCGCAGACCUCCACGUUUGGAGGCCCAUGGCACCCCGCCCUAGAACCCUUGGGCAGCCGGACCAAUCAGCUUAGGACGUCUGGGUGUCCCGAGGAUGGGCCUCCCUCCCUCCCAUGGGGGCGGCUCGUCCGUGUCUGGGGACCGUAAACCCAUUGUGUAAUCAUGACUGUAAAGCCCCGAUGAAUAAACUCCUGGCCUGCCUUCA